UUAGAAGAGUGCUGGAGCUUUUGGUCCCAACUAGCUGGCUGCUGUGCCUAUAGGCUUGUCACACGGAGGACCACUGUGCCUGAUUGCAGUGCUCUGACAGGAACAGAGAGAGAGAGAGAGAGAGAGAGAGAGAGAGAGAGAGAGAGAGAGAGAUCGGAGCGAGAGAGAAGAGAGAGAGAGGAGGACAGGAGAGGAGGAGGAGAGCAGAAAAAAACUUUGAUUUAUAGAGGAGGCUUUCUCACAUUAUGGUGGCAGUGUGCAGAUGGAUUCCAUAGAGCUUUCCCUUCCUGAGUAUUUCUCCCUACACUCUGAACAAGAGUAGAAUGAACUUAUCAAAGGCCCAGGUUAAUAGUGAAGAUAAGUACGGCAAAUGUGGCAGCGCGUGGAGAAUGCAACAGACUUACGACCUCGAUGCCACUCACAUGCGUGACGCACAUGCACUUUAUAACCCAAGGCUCCUCUGCAGAAUGUCCAGCAAAGAGCGCCACCUAGAGUCCAACUGCCCAUCCUACAUUAAGACAGAGCCCUCCAGCCCCGCCUCCCUGGCAGACAGCAUCAACCACCACAGCCCUGGGGGCUCCAGCGACGCCAGCGGCUCCUACAGCUCAACCAUGAAUGGCCACCAGAACGGCCUGGACUCCCCCACCCUGUACGGGCCUGGUGCCGGACCUCUGGGCCCCGCGGGGGCCUCCAAGCGCUACGAGGACUGCUCCAGCACCAUCGGGGAGGACUCGCAGAUCAAGUGCGAGUACAUGUUGAACUCCAUGCCUAAGCGGCUGUGCCUGGUGUGUGGCGACAUCGCCUCGGGCUACCACUACGGCGUGGCCUCCUGCGAGGCCUGCAAGGCCUUCUUCAAGAGGACCAUCCAAGGGAACAUUGAGUACAGCUGCCCUGCCACCAACGAGUGUGAGAUCACCAAGAGGAGACGCAAGUCCUGCCAAGCCUGUCGCUUCAUGAAGUGUCUAAACGUCGGCAUGAUGAGAGAAGGUGUGCGUCUGGACAGGGUGCGUGGGGGCAGACAGAAGUACAAGCGCCGGAUAGAUGCUGAGAACAGCCCUUACCUCAACCCUCAACUGGCCCUGCCUGCCAAAAAGCCAUUUCCCUUUGGCUGCCUUGCAGAUAACAAAAUCGUGUCCCACCUGCUGGUGGCCGAGCCUGAGAAGAUCUACGCCAUGCCUGACCCUACCGUCCCCGACAGUGACAUCAAGGCCCUGACCACGCUGUGUGACCUAGCUGACCGCGAGCUGGUGGUCAACAUCGGCUGGGCCAAACACAUCCCAGGUUUCUCCACGCUGUCGCUGGCAGACCAGAUGAGUCUACUGCAGAGUGCGUGGAUGGAGAUUCUGAUCCUGCGUGUGGUGUACCGCUCGCUGUCCUUCGAGGACAAGCUGGUGUAUGCUGAGGACUACAUCAUGGACGAGGACCAGUCCAAGCUGGCAGGUCUUCUUGAUCUCAACAACGCCAUACUGCAACUGGUGAAGAAAUACAAAGCCAUGAAGCUGGAGAAGGAAGAGUUUGUCACUCUCAAGGCUAUCGCUCUGGCUAACUCAGACUCCAUGCACAUAGAGGACGUGGAGGCGGUGCAGAAGCUCCAGGACGUGCUCCAUGAGGCCCUGCAGGACUACGAGGCGGGCCAGCACCCGGAGGACCCUCGUCGGGCAGGCAAGCUGCUGAUGACCCUGCCUCUGCUCCGCCAGACCUCCACCAAGGCCGUGCAGCACUUCUACAGCAUCAAGCAGGACGGCAAGGUCCCCAUGCACAAACUCUUCCUGGAACUGCUGGAGGCCAAGGUCUGAUUGGCUAACCACGUCAACAACCCCCAAUAUGUCAGUCUGUCAGUCGCACCCAGCCUCCUCCCAUUGACCCCCUCCCGUAACCCCAUAUGACCCCUGAACCUCCCAAACCGCCGCCCACUGAGAGGGAUGGGCGGGACUAACCUCUGAACUCUGAACCCCUGACCUCUGUGCAUAAGGGAAGACACUGACACUGAGACGAGACCUCUGCUGGAGGGCCGUAUGUGUAUAGAUUAUAGACAAGUCAUAAACCAGUUACCAUAACAACGGCCCUGUAAACUAUUGACUAUCAACCACAAGUCACUUAUACAUAUAAGAAUGAUUAACGAUGUGAUUAUUGACUAUUGACUGAUGAAAAUGUUUAAACGAGGAAUUUAAAAAAGAAAAGAAGAGAGACUGUUCUGCUUGUGUCAGCAGCAGAGAGACUGUAAAGCUUUUCUCAACUUCUUCUCAGUUUCCCAACAGUUUUUACAGGAUGUGCUGUUGAAGAAAACGUUUGAAAAUGAACAAAGACUUUUUGUUGAUGAUUUUCAUGAAGAAAUGUGUAACGGAGAAGAGAAGAGUGGAAAGGAGGAGAGGAGACAUGCCCUGCCAAAGGAUGGAGAUCCAUUCAGUGGAUGCCAGCAAACUUUACUAUCAGCCCCUGACACCUCCGGUUACUCCUAAUAUCUUCUGAUACACCCCCCUUCCCCAAAAUACCUUGUUCUCCCAGUACCCCACCGCAAGUAUUUACCUCUUACUGCAGUCUGGCCUGCUUUAACUACAGUAUAAUAACACACACACACACACACACACACACACACACACACACACACACACACACACACACACACACACACACACACACACACACACACACACAC